CUGGUAGUCGAUAGUUGUGGAUAUCAGCAAUACCAUUUACCGAUAGGAGAGCAACAGGUUCUGCAGCUGAGCGGAAUUUGAUUUUACAUUAACUUAGUUUGAAUUUAAAGGUCUCUGGUCCGUAAUGCUCCGAACAAAAGUCUUCAAUCUGUUGGCCCGCAAUGGGCCCAGCCGGCUCAUGUCCACCGCCACCAAGCUGACCACAGUGGAGGUGAAUGACAAAACAGGAAUCGCCACCCUCACCAUGUGCAGGCCUCCAGUGAAUGGACUCAAUUUGGAACUGCUUAAGGAUCUGAGUACCUCCAUUGGCGAAAUUGAAAGCAACAAAAGCCGCGGUCUCAUACUGACAUCCUCCAAUGCGACAAUAUUUUCAGCCGGUCUGGAUAUCCUGGAAAUGUACAAACCCGAAAAGGAGAGGAUUCGUGCCUUUUGGACGCAACUGCAGGAGGUUUGGCUUGCCCUCUAUGGUAGCAGUGUGCCCACUGCAGCUGCCAUUAAUGGUCACUCCCCCGCCGGUGGCUGCCUUUUGGCCACAUCGUGCGAGUACAGAGUCAUGCUGCCAAAGUUCACCAUUGGCUUGAAUGAGACGCAACUGGGCAUUGUGGCGCCCAAGUGGUUCAUGGCGUCGUUCCUAAGCGUCCUCCCACAACGUCAGGCAGAGCGGGCUCUCAACCAGGGCCGUAUGUUCACGACGGAGGAGGCCUUACAAAUCGGCCUCAUCGACGAGACUGCCAGCAGCAAAGAAGAGGCGGUGGAAAAGUGUGCUGCCUUCAUAGGUACAUUCGCCAAAGUGAAUCCUUUGGCUCGGUCACUGACCAAACAGCAGUUCCGCGCAGCCGAUUUGCAGCAAUUGGAAAACGAGCGUCAGGAUGAUCUGGAGAAGUUUUUGUUCUUUGUUAACCAGCCAGCCGUGCAGAAGGGUCUGGGCAUUUAUCUCGAAGGUCUGAAGAAGAAGUCCAAGAAAUAAUCAUUUAUUGAGAUUAUAAUUGCCCAUUUUUAAA